CGCCCCAUCAUUUCCCUCCGACAAUCAACAAUGGCAACGCCCACCGGCAACGAAGCCAACCUCACGGCCAAGAGACUCAAUGUUCUUGUCUAUUCUGGUUCGCUCACCCACUCCGCCUGGCAACUGAGCCGUUUUCUGACCGACAAUGGCCCGACAGGAACCGGAACCACCGUCGACUCCGUCCGCCACUGCGUCUACACCCUGCGCCGCCUGCUGGCCCCCCACUAUGCUGUCACCCCCGUCACAGGCGACAUGCUCCUCAAGGAGCCAUGGACGGCGACCUGUGCCCUUCUCGUGAUUCCAGGCGGGGCAGAUCUGGGAUACGGGCGUACGCUCAAUGGCGCGGGGAAUCGGCGCAUCGCGCAGUUUGUGCGCCGCGGUGGGAAGUACCUGGGCCUGUGUGCGGGCGGCUACUAUGGGUGCAAGCGAUGCGAAUUUGAGGUUGGCGAUAAAACUAUGGAGGUCGUUGGGGACCGCGAACUGGGGUUCUUCCCGGGGACUUGUCGGGGAGGUGCAUUCCCUGGAUUCGUCUAUCAUAGCGAGGCCGGUGCAAGGGCGGCUGGACUGGAUGUUUCCAAGGAGGCUCUGAGCGUUGGCGUGGUACCUACGCACUUUCGGUCUUACUAUAAUGGAGGAGGCGUCUUUGUAGAUGCUCCACUGUUCAAGGACAAGGGUGUUGAGGUGUUGGCCAACUAUUCUGAGAAUCUCAAUGUUGACCCAGGCGAGGGCGCUGCUGCCGUUGUCUACUGUAAAGUCGGAGAUGGAGCGGCUAUAUUGACAGGACCUCAUCCAGAAUUUGCAGCCGUGAACCUUGACCCGAAGGCUAACGGCCCCGGCUAUAAAGACGUGGUUGAUGCGCUGACGGCUGACGACAAGGAGCGUACGGACUUCCUGAAGGCCUGCCUCUCCAAACUAGGACUCAAUGUUGCGCAAGACACCACUGCUGUGCCUUCGCUGUCGUCUCUCCAUGUUUCCGGUCUUGAUGCCGAGGGCCCAUUGGAAAUCUUAUCACUCCUUGCCCCAGCUUUGACAAACGACAACAAGAAUGAAUACCUGAAAGACGAGAACGAUACAUUCCGGAUCGAGCGGCCUGGCACGUGGAAUUUGAACGACUUGGAGGAAUCCCUCCCCAGCGACCCAUCGAAGCCUAGCGAUGGUAUAAUCGAUUACAAGGAAGUCAUCAAGCGACUGGUGUUUCAUGAUGACGUGCCCUCGUCCAAACUCACACCUUACUUCAAUCACCAUGCAUUCUACGCCAACCUUCGUCAAUACCAGUAUGAAUCUCGUGAGGGCGCUUCAGAGUUUGGGUCUAACCUCAUGUACGGCGAGGUCGUGACGAGUACCAACACAAUCAUGGAAAAGAACACUCAACUGCUUCGCCAGCUACCUCACGGGUUCACCGCCACCGCAACAGUUCAAGUCGCUGGGCGUGGACGUGGCUCUAAUGUCUGGAUCUCACCAGCUGGCUCCCUCAUUUUCUCAACGGUCGUGAGGCACCCAAUUGAGAAGAUCCAGUCUGCGCCUGUGGUGUUCAUUCAGUAUUUGUCUGCUAUGGCCGUGGUCAAGGGUAUCAAGAGCUACGCCAAGGGAUAUGAGAACAUGCCGGUCAAAUUGAAAUGGCCGAACGAUAUUUAUGCUCUUGACCCAGAAGACCCCGAGCAGAAGCGGUACACCAAGAUCUGCGGGAUUCUCAUCAACUCGCACUUCAUGUCAAACGAAUACAUCUCCGUUGUCGGAAUCGGCCUCAACGCUACAAACGCGUCACCAACCACCGCCCUCACCGCUCUCGCCGCACGCUACGCCUCCCCUGGCGCCGCUGCUGCUUCACCCGUCACAUUAGAGAAGCUCCUAGCACGGAUCUUGACUACAUUCGAGGAUCUGUACACGCGGUUCUUACGCACAGGCUUUGACCACGGCUUUGAGGCAAUGUACUACGAGGAUUGGCUGCACAUGCACCAGAUUGUCACUCUGGAAGAGGAGGGCGGCGCUCGUGCCCGAAUCCAGGGUAUCACGCGUGACUAUGGGCUGUUGCUUGCGGAGGAGCUGGGGUUGAAUGAUCGUCCAACUGGCCGGGUGUGGCAGCUGCAGAGUGAUAGCAACAGCUUUGAUUUCUUCCGGGGCUUGGUAAAGCGAAAAAUCUAA